AUGGUUGAUUCCCAUCAAGCUUCAACCUCUUUUACCUUUCAAGCCCCUAUUCCUGAUCCGACAAUCACUAUCAGUCCAACAUUCCCAAAUAAUGACUUACCCAUUUCUUAUCAUCCGGCUGUCUCAAACGCCGAAUUUCACCCUUCCAUACCAAUCCCUUCAAUUUACCAUGUAACUAAUUUCCCAACCAAAGGCAUGGCUUAUGUAGCAGGGGGUGAAAAUAAGGAAAAAGAAAAUGAGAAUUUGUCUGCUCUAGAGGAAAGACUAAGAGCGAUAGAAGGUCUGAACAUGUAUGGCUCAGUUGAUGUAUCUUCACUGAGAUUGGUACCGGAUGUAGUGGUACCACCUAAGUUUAAAGUCCCAGACUUUGAUAAAUAUACCAGAAAUUCAGAUCCCCGCAUCCAUUUGGCCACUUACAUAGCCAAAAUGUCCGGCCUCACAAAAGAUGACAGACUUCUAGUCCAUUUCUUUCAUGAAAGCCUCUUUGGGGCAUUUACGAUGCAAUACAAAUUCAAUUGCAAUGUUACCCCGACACCAAGAGACCUUCAAAAUCUAGUGCAGAAGGAGAAGGAAAGCUUUAAGGAAUAUGCACAGAGAUGGAGAGAGAAGGCAGCUGAGGAAUUGACUGGAGAAAACCUCGCAAAGAAAACUACUAGUUUUAGGAAAAAGAAGGAAGGUGAUGUACACUCUAUCACCAGACAAGCUCAACCACCACUCCCUCAAAAUAACUUUCGACCAUACCCUCCAAUUCAGGGUCCAAUAAUAGCAAAUGUUCUGCCCCCUUUUCCAAAUUAUCCUCACCCUCGCCCACAAUAUCCACCUCAGGCUGCUUACCAACCCAAAUUGCCUGCUCAACCUAUUCAGUUAAGACCACCUGCUCCUCAAACCAACCCAAGACCACCAAGGAAUCCUGAUCUACCUCUUCCCCUUCCGCUCAGUGAAAUCUACCGAUACCUAUUGGUGGGUCAUUCAACCGAUAAUUGUGGAGCUCUUCGGGGAAGAGUACAGGCCCUGAUUAGAAACGAAUGGUUAAAAAUUGAGGAAAAUGGCUCUCUUCCCAACGUCACUUCAAACCCAUUACCUAAUCAUGGUACAGCAAGAGAGGGAUAUCUAUGCCCUCAGGGAUCCGGGUCGGGAAGUAAUCAACAUAAUUCAGGAUGCCCCUACCACGGAGGAGCGGCCAAUCAUGAGUUGCACAACUGUGAUGAAUUUAGGCAGGAAGUUCAGAGAAUGCUAUCACUCAGAAUUUUGAGAUAUCAGCGGAGGUCGGGGAUAAAGGAUGAAGUGAACACAGCCAGGUUUGGCCGAGAUGCCUCUACCCCCAAUCCAAGAAUAGUCUAUUCUACUCCUAACACACCAACACCACUAGUACCACCAAUAACGAUCAUCCUCAAGUGUAAGGGAUGUAUAAUCGCUAAAGUUCUGAUUGAUAAUGGAUCUGCCCUCAAUGACUUACCUAAUGCCACUUUGGCAAAACUAUCUGUUGAUCCAUCAGCUGUGCGCUAA